AUGUCGGAGCGCAACCGGCGGACGCGCCUCCAGCUGCCGGAAGAAAGGCCGUUGCUGCAACGGAACCGUCCCAGCCACAGCUCCGAGAUUCAAGUUCCGCUCUACGGCUGCAUGGCUAACCCUCACAGCCACUUGCCGGUUUAUACAAAUAUUCACCGCAUCCGACGAGACAUUACUUCUAUUGUCGAAGACCACCUGAGUUUGGAGCAGCUGCGUGAUGUGAGAAUCAACAUCGCCGUCGUCCGCCCGCUCGUCGACAAACUGUAUGAACUUGACGAUAUAUCUAUCGCACUUUGCGAGCUGGUGGCAACACGUAUCUUGAGACGCUUCAGUGAAGACAACGAAGGACCCGAUGGGUUGGUGCUCCUUGCACACAUCUUGGUUGCCGGUUUUGAGCCCUUUCAAAUGGCCCCGGCCGGGAUUCGCGAGGCAGCAUCAACGGAAACCUAUAGGAGCUACAACCGCAUGCUUCCCUCGCUUGAGAUUGCCAUCUUGACUGAGAUCUUCAGCGUCGACGCCAUUUACGAAGGCCGCAUUGUCUACACCCCGUCCAGCUUCAUGGAUAUCAUUCCCGAUCACUACAAGCUCAAGCCCAUAUCGCUGUACAACCCUCGCGAGGGCCCACUGCUUGACCAGUACCGGCUUCUUGUGCCCCGUACCCGGAACAUUCUGGAGGUUUUCCAGUUCUUGAUCCUACUCGUCCUCUAUCUCUUCGUUAUGGCCGAGCGUAAACCAGAGACAUUCACUGUUCUGGAAGGCUGCUUCGCCGUCUAUGCCUUUGGUUGGUCCCUCGACCAGUUUGCAACGAUUCUGGAGCAUGGAUGGCACGUGUACACGCAAAACCUGUGGUCUUUCCUCGACGUAGGUUUCAUCGGCAUAUAUAUCGUGUAUGCGGUUCUACGCAUACAUGGCGCUCGUGUCGGGGAGCUUGUCCCUAAACAACAGGCACUAGACGUACUCGCGAUGGGUGCACCGGUGCUGGUCCCGCGACUAGCUUUCAACCUGCUAUCGGACAACCUUGUGUUCCUCUCGCUGCGCUCCAUGAUGUCUGAUUUUGUUCUCCUGACGUUCUUGUCGGCAUGGUGCUUUGGCGGGUUUCUUCUGUCUCUUCUUUGGCUUGGCGAAGGCACACACCCUCCAGUUACUAUUAGUAAGUGGAUGCUGUGGAUUUGGUUCGGUCUCGACGGAACGGGCAUCAAUGAAUCGGUCCAAUUCCACCCGAUUCUAGGCCCUGUCUUGAUGGUUGCGUUUGCUUUCCUGGGCAACACUUUGUUCCUCACCAUCCUUGUAUCGAUGCUAUCCAACACCUUCAGCACCAUCGUUAAGAACGCAACUGCUGAAAUACAGUUCCGGAAGGCCGUCUUGACAUUAGAGGGUGUCAAGGGUGAUGCGAUCUUCGCGUACCAGCCUCCCUUCAACAUCCUGGCUGUUUUUGUUCUCAUCCCUCUCAAAUUCAUCCUCACCCCGCGAUGGUUCCAUAAGAUACAUGUAGCAAGCGUUCGGCUGGUCAACCUUCCACUGCUACUCAUCAUCGCCGUGGCGGAACGCAGAAUUCUUUGGCCGCCGCCGCAGCCAGAGAAGCCAAAGUCGAGUGGACUGACCUUGUACCCGAGGGUAAAACAGUGGUUCUGGGAAAAGUGGCGCAUAACAGCCCAUCGCGACAUAAGAGCCGUGUUUGACCUACCGCCACCCGAGUCCGUGGAAGAGGAAAUCGCGGUGGAUGACGAGCUCACCCACCACCUGAUCCGACGGCAAUUCACAAGGUCCAUUACGAACGACACGAUGCGGAAGAAGUCGCCUCUUAGGAGAGAUUCGAUGUUCCCGGGCGUCUCGUCCAAGUUGCGCGGGUCGUUCACCGGUAGUGAGGACAUACAUGACGUUGGCAGUAGGCUGGAGGCACUCGAGCAGACGACGCUGAGGAUCGAGAGUCUCUUGGCCCGAAUGGUGGAGUCGGGAGACUACUCCGACAACAACUUUGGCACCGGAGAGAGCGGUACUCUUCGUGAUGGGGAUAUGCCGUUGACGCAAUCACCGAAAUAG